CUCUGACGUCACGGCUCAUAAUGAUUGGCUGAGGUUCCUCACGUGAUCCAACUGGACCCAAACUGAUAUGAACUGCUGACGCCAAAACCGAAGAGCUUUUAAGUUCAUCAGAAAAGAUCAGAUGCAGAGUUCAGCUAUGUUUAUGAAGUCAAUGGAUCCACCAACAGCAUUUAAGAGAGUCAGACCAGCCAUAACUGAACCCGUCUGUAAAAAGAUAAAGUUGGAGCAGUCUGAAAUUCAACCACAAUAUUUGUGUCCUCAAUCCAGUCAUGACCCUAAUAUCAAUGAAGUCCUCAAAAUAUUUAAAUCAAAUCUGAGAGAGAAGUUUAAGUGUUUGUAUCCAGGAAUAUCAAAGAAGAGAAAACUAACACUACUGAAUAAGAUCUAUACAGAGCUCAACAUCACAGAGAGUAAAAGUGGAGAGAUCAGUAAUGAACAUGAGGUGAGACAGAUUGAGACACAAUCCAGAACAACAACAACAGAUGAGACACAAAUCAAAUGUAAUGACAUCUUUAAACCUUUACCUGAACAAGACAAACACAUCAGAAGUGUGCUGACAAAGGGAGUCGCUGGCAUUGGAAAAACAGUCUCUGUACAGAAGUUCAUUCUGGACUGGGCUGAAGAGAAAGAGAAUCAGGACGUCCAUCUCAUAUUUCCACUUCCUUUCAGAGAGAUCAAUUUGAUAAAGGAAAAAACACUCAGUCUUUUAGAUCUUCUUCAUCUUUUCUUCCCAGAGACAAAAGAAAUGGAAAUCUUCAGUGAUAAAUAUAAAAUGUUGUUCAUCUUUGAUGGUUUGGAUGAGUGUCGUCUGUCUCUGGAUUUUCACAGCAGUGUGAGGUUGUGUGAUGUGAAUGAAUCAACCUCAGUGGACGUGAUGCUGACAAACCUCAUCAAGGGGAAUCUGUUUCCCUCUUCUCUCAUCUGGAUCACCUCCAGACCAGCAGCAGCUGAUCUCAUCCCCUCUGAGUGUGUUGAUCGAGUCACAGAGGUACGAGGCUUUAGUGAUCCACAGAAGGAGGAAUACUUCAGGAAGAGAAUCAGUGAUGAGAGUCUGUCUGAUCAAAUCAUCUCACACCUGAAGUCAUCCAGGAGUCUCUACAUCAUGUGUCACAUCCCAGUGUUCUGCUGGAUUUCAGUCACUGUUCUAGAGAAAAUAUUGAGUAAAUCCAAAAAAAGCGAGAUGCCCAAAACUCUCACUCAAAUGUACACACACUUCCUGAUCAUUCAGACAAAGAUCCAACAUCAGAAGGACCAUAAGAAGAAAGUGAAGGAUGAAUACUUGAUCUUCAAACUGUGUGAACUGUCUUAUGAGCAUCUUGUGAAAGGCAAUCUGAUCUUCAAUGAUGAAGACCUGAAAGAGUGUGGCAUUGAUGUAGCAGAAGCAUCAUUGGAUUCAGUAUUGCAUACUCAGAUCUUCAGAGAGGAGUUUGGUUUGUGUCAGAGGAAAGUUUACAGCUUUGUUCAUCUGAGCAUUCAGGAACAUCUAGCAGCUCUAUAUGUGCACCUCACAUUUAUAAACAACAACAUAAAUGUGUUUGAGCAAAUUAAACAGUAUCAAACGGCUAAGCAUUCAAUACAUGAUUUGUAUCGGACAGCUAUAGAUAAGGCUGUACAGAGUAAAAAUGGACAUCUGGAUCUUUUCCUUCGUUUUCUUCUGGGUUUGUCACUGGAGUCAAAUCAGAAUCUCAUAAAAUGUCUGAGGAUACAGACAGGGAAAACCUCUCACAGCAGUGCGAAAAUAGUCAGAUACAUCAAACAGAAAACCACAAGCACUCAAUCUCCAGAGAAAUGCAUCAGUCUGUUUCACUGUCUGAAUGAACUGGGUGAUCGUUCACUAGUGGAUGAAAUCCAACAGUAUCUGAAGUCUGCAUUAGGUAAAGCCACACUCUCUUCAUCUCAGUGGAUAGCUUUAGUUUUGGUGAUGCUGACAUCAGAACAGUUUAAUAUGAAUCAGUUUUUUGAAGAAAACAAAGCUAAACCACUGAAAGUUCUUCAGAAGCUACUGCCUGUGAUUUGUGAAUCCAGAACAGUUCAGUUAAAUUCGUGUAAUAUCACAGAUGAAGGUUGUGUUGCUCUGAGAUCAAACCCAUCACACCUGACACAUCUGAAUCUGUCUGAUAAUAAUCUUGGAGAUUCAGAAGUGAACCCGCGGUCUGCUGAAUUGGAGAAUCCUGACUGUAAACUGGAGAUACUGAGUCAUGACCCUAAUAUCAAUGAAGUCCUCAACACAUUUAAAUCGAAUCUGAAAGAGAAGUUUCAGUGUUUGUAUCCAGGAACAUCAAAGCAGAGAAACCCAACACUACUGAAUGAGAUCUACACAGAGCUCAACAUCACAGAGAGUGAAAGUGGAGAGAUCAGUAAUGAACAUGAGGUGAGACAGAUUGAGAGACAAUCCAGAGGAACAACAACAGAGGAGACACCAAUCAAAUGUAAUGACAUCUUUAAACCUUUACCUGAACAAGACAAACACAUCAGAAGUGUGCUGACAAAGGGAGUCGCUGGCAUUGGAAAAACAGUCUCUGUGCAGAAGUUCAUUCUGGACUGGUCUGAAGAGAAAGAGAAUCAGGACGUCCACCUCGUAUUUCCACUUCCUUUCAGAGAGAUCAAUUUGAUGAAGGACAAAACACUCAGUCUUUUAGAGCUUCUUCAUCUUUUCUUCCCAGAGACAAAAGAAAUGGAAAUCUUCAGUGAUAAAUAUAAAGUGUUGUUCAUCUUUGAUGGUUUGAAUGAGUGUCGUCUGUCUCUGGAUUUUCACAGCAGUGUGAGGUUGUGUGAUGUAAAUGAAUCAACCUCAGUGGACGUGAUGCUGACAAACCUCAUCAAGGGGAAUCUGUGUCCCUCUGCUCUCAUCUGGAUCACCUCCAGACCAGCAGCAGCUGAUCUCAUCCCCUCUGAGUGUGUUGAUCGAGUCACAGAGAUACGAGGCUUCAGUGAUCCACAGAAGGAGGAAUACUUCAGGAAGAGAAUCAGUGAUGAGAGUCUGUCUGAUCAAAUCAUCUCACACCUGAAGUCAUCCAGGAGUCUCUACAUCAUGUGUCACAUCCCAGUGUUCUGCUGGAUUUCAGUCACUGUUCUAGAGAAAAUAUUGAGUAAAUCCAAAAAAAGCGAGAUGCCCAAAACUCUCACUCAAAUGUACACACACUUCCUGAUCAUUCAGACAAAGAUCCAACAUCAGAAGGACCAUAAGAAGAAAGUGAAGGAUGAAUACUUGAUCUUCAAACUGUGUGAACUGUCUUAUGAGCAUCUUGUGAAAGGCAAUCUGAUCUUCAAUGAUGAAGACCUGAGAGAGUGUGGCAUUGAUGUAGCAGAAGCAUCAUUGGAUUCAGUAUUGCAUACUCAGAUCUUCAGAGAGGAGUUUGGUUUAUGUCAGAGGAAAGUUUACAGCUUUGUUCAUCUGAGCAUUCAGGAACAUCUAGCAGCUCUAUAUGUGCACCUCACAUUUAUAAACAACAACAUAAAUGUGUUUGAGCAAAUUAAACAGUAUCAAACGGCUACACGUUCAAUACAUGAUUUGUAUCGGAGAGCUAUAGAUGAGGCUGUACAGAGUAAAAAUGGACAUCUGGAUCUUUUCCUUCGUUUUCUUCUGGGUCUGUCACUAAAGUCAAAUCAACAUCUCAUACAAAUUCUGAGAAUACAGACAGGGAAAACCUCUCACAGCAGUGCAAAAAUAGUCAGAUACAUCAAACAGAAAACCAAGAGCACUCAAUCUCCAGAGAAAUGCAUCAGUCUGUUUCACUGUCUGAAUGAACUGGGUGAUCCUUCACUAUUAGAUGAAAUCCCACGGUAUCUGAAAUCUGCAUUAAGUAAAGCCACACUCUCUUCAUCUCAGUGGUCAGCUUUAGUUUUGGUGAUGCUGACAUCAGAACAGGAGCUAAAAAAGUUUAACAUGAAUCAGUUUGUUGAAGAAAACAAAGCUAAGCCACUGAAAGUCCUUCAGAAGCUGCUUCCUGUGAUUUGUGAAUCCAGCACAGUCCUGUUGUAUUCGUGUAAUAUCACAGAUGAAAUUUGUGUUGCUUUGACAUCAGCUCUAAGAUCAAACCCAUCACACCUGACACAUCUGAAUCUUUCAUUUAAUAAUCUUGGAGAUUCAGGAGUGAAGCUGUUGUCUGCUGUAUUGGAGAAUCCUAACUGUAAACUGGAGAUACUGAGGUUGAGUCAGUGUAAUAUCACAGCUGAAGGUUGUGUUGCUCUGUCUUCGGCUCUGAGAUCAAACCCAUCACACCUGAAAGAUCUGAAUCUGAUUAAAAAUAAUCUUGGAGAUUCAGGAAUGGAGCAUCUCUCUGCUGUACUGAGGAAUCCUCAAUGUAAACUGGAGAUACUCGGGUUGUGCUCUUGUAAUAUCACAGCUGAAGGUUGUGUUCCUCUGACUUCAGCUAUGAGAUCAAACCCAUCACACCUGAGAGAUCUGAAUUUGACUGAUAAUAAUCUUGGAGAUUUAGGAAUGAAGCUGAUCUCUGCUGUACUGGAGGAUCUUGACUGUAAACUGGAGAGACUGAAGUUAAGGAGUUGUAAUAUCACAGAUGACGGUUGUGUUGCUCUGUCUUCAGCUCUGACAUCAAACCCAUCACACCUGAGAGAACUGAAUCUGUCUAAUAAUAAACUUGGAGAUUCAGGAAUGGUGCAUCUCUCUGAUCUACUGAAGCAUUCACUGUGUAAACUGGAGAAACUCUGGUUGAUAAAUUGUAAAAUCACAGCUGAAGGUGGUGUUGCUCUGACUUCAGCUCUGAAAUCAAACCCAUCACACCUAAGAGAACUGAAUCUGUCUAAUAAUAAACUUGGAGAUUUAGAGAUGGAGCUGCUCUCUGAUGUACUGAAGAAUCCUGACUGUAAACUGGAGAUAUUGAAGUUGUCUGAUUGUAAUAUCACAGAUGAAGGUUGUGUUGCUCUGACUUCAGCUCUCAGAUCAAACCCAUCACACCUGACGGAACUUAAUUUUAAUGGGAAUAAUCUGGGAUAUUUAGUAGUGAGGAUGCUCUCUGAUCUGGCGAAUGAUUCAAAUUACAAGCUGAAGAAACUAAGAGUCAAUCUCAGUAGCUACACGGGAAACUGCCAAGGCGAGAGAGUGCACAGAAUGUUCCUUUCUUAUCAUACGACCAGGAUGAUCAAAGAGGCUUGUGUUUGUAGUGCUCUCUUCAUUUCAGUUCAGAUAACCAAAAGAGAUCAGAUGCAAAGUUCAGUUGUGUCCAUGAAGAAUGAGAGGUCAAUGGAUCCUCCAACAUCAUUUAAGAGAUCAGACGCAACAGAACCCGUCUGUAAAAAGAUGAAGAUUGAUCAGUCUGUGAAUCAACCACAAUAUAUGUGUCCAGAAUUCAGCCAUGACUCUAAAAUUAAUGAAGUCCUGAACACAUUUAAAUCAAAUCUGAGAGAGAAGUUUCAGUGUUUGUAUCCAGGAACAUCAAAGCAGAGAAACUCAACACUACUGAAUGAGAUCUACACAGAGCUCAACAUCACAGAGAUUAAAAGUGGAGAGGCAGAGGAGACACCAAUCAAAUGUAAUGACAUCUUUAAACCUUUACCUGAACAACACAAACACAUCAGAAGUGUGCUGACAAAGGGAGUCGCUGGCAUUGGAAAAACAGUCUCUGUACAGAAGUUCAUUCUGGACUGGGCUGAAGGGAAAGAGAAUCAGGACGUCCACCUCAUAUUUCCACUUCCUUUCAGAGAGAUCAAUUUGUUGAAGGACAAAACACUCAGUCUUUUAGAUCUUCUUCAUCUUUUCUUCCCAGAGACAAAAGAAAUGGAAAUCUUCAGUGAUAAAUAUAAAGUGUUGUUCAUCUUUGAUGGUUUGAAUGAGUGUCGUCUGUCUCUGGAUUUUCACAGCAGUGUGAGGUUGUGUGAUGUAAAUGAAUCAACCUCAGUGGACGUGAUGCUGACAAACCUCAUCAAGGGGAAUCUGUUUCCCUCUGCUCUCAUCUGGAUCACCUCCAGGCCAACAGCAGCUGAUCUCAUCCCAUCUGAGUGUGUUGAUCGAGUCACAGAGGUACGAGGCUUCAGUGAUCCACAGAAGGAGGAAUACUUCAGGAAGAGAAUCAGACAUAAGAGUUUGGCCAAGAAAAUCAUCUCACACGUGAAGUCAUCCAGAAGAAUCAACAUCAUGUGUCACAUCCCAGUGUUCUGCUGGAUUUCAGUCACUGUUCUAGAGAGAAUAUUGAGUGAAUCAAAAAGAAGAGAGAUCCCCAAGACUCUCACUCAAAUGUACACACACUUCCUGAUCAUUCAGAAGGACUACGAGAAGAAUAAAGACAUGAUCUUCAAAAUUUGUAAACUGGCUUUUGAGCAGCUUGUGAAAGGCAAUCUGAUCUUCUAUGAUGAAGACCUGAUAGAGUGUGGCAUUGAUGUAGCAGAAGCAUCAGUGUACUCAGGAUUGUGUACUCAGAUCUUCAGAGAGGAGUUUGGUUUGUGUCAGAGGAAAGUUUAUAGCUUUUUUCAUCCGAGCAUUCAGGAACAUCUAGCAGCUCUACAUGUGCACCUCACCUUUAUGAACAACAACAUAAGUGUGUUGACUGCAUUUAAAAUGAAUCAAAGUUGUAAGCCUUCAUUACCUAAUCUGUAUAAGAGAGCUAUAGAUGAGACUGUGAAGAGUAAAAAUGGACAUCUGGAUCUUUUUCUUCGUUUUCUUCUGGGUUUGUCACUGAAGUUGAAUCAGAAUCUCAUACCAGGUCUGAGGUUACAGACAUGCUACAACCAUCGGAUUAUUGAGAAAACAAUCAAAUACAUCAAAGAGAAGAUCAAGAACAAUCUUUCACCAGAGAAAUCCAUCAAUCUGCUUCAGUGUGUGAAUGAACUUAGUGGUCCUUCAAUGCUGCAGGAUAUCCAAAAUUAUCUGACAUCUACAAUAUUAAGUAACAUCAAACUCUCUUCAUAUCAGUGGUCAGCUUUAGUUUCGGUGAUGCUGACAUCAAAACAGGAGCUAAAGAAGUUUAAUAUGGACAGAUUUGUUAAAGGAAGCAAAGCUGAACCACUGAAAGUUCUUAAGGAGCUGCUGCCUGUGAUUUGUGAAUUCAGAUCAGUUCAGUUGAGUCAAUGUAAUAUCACAGCUGAAGGCUGUGCUGCUCUGACUUCAGGUCUGACAUCAAACCCAUCAUACCUGAGAGAUCUGUAUCUGUCUGAGAACAAUCUUGGAGAUUCAGGAGUGAAGCUGAUCUCUGAUGUACUGAAGAAUCCUCACUGUAAACUGCAAAUACUGAAGUUGAGUAAUUGCUAUUUCACAGCUGAAGGUUGUGUUGCUCUGGCUUCAGCUCUGACAUCAAACCCAUCACACCUGAAAGAACUGAACCUGUCUAAUAAUGAUCUUGGAGAUUCAGCGAUGGAGCAUCUCUCUGCUGUACUGGAGAAUCCUGACUGUAAACUGGAGAAACUCUGGCUGAGGCGUUGUAAUAUCACAGAUGAAGGUUGUGUUGCUCUGGCUUCAGCUCUGACAUCAAACCCAUCACAUCUGAGAGAUCUGAGUCUGUGUAAUAAUAAUCUUGGAGAUUUAGGAGUGAAGGUGAUCUCUGCUGUACUGGAGAAUCCUCAAUGUAAACUGGAGAUACUGACGUUAACAGGGUGUAAAAUCACAGAUGAAGGUUGUUUUGCUCUGACUUCAGCUCUGAAAUCAAACCCAUCACACCUUAGAGAACUGGAUUUGUCUGCGAAUAAUCUGAGAGUUUUAGGAAAAAAGAUGAUCUCUGAUCUGAGAAAUGAUUCAAAUUACAAAUUGGAAAAAAAAAGCCACAUCAGUCAACGCAAGCAAAAGAGACCUACAAAAAUGACAUCCUGAUCUUACAAUAUAUGUGUGUGUGAAAUAACAAUGAAAGCAACAUUAAUUCUGCUGCAGUCCUUUACCUGUGUGUCAUCUGUUGUUUAGCAAAGAGUUUCUCAAAGACGAGGGUUGGUUAGUAAUUUUUUUUCAUAGAACACAAUGUGUUCAUGUAUGCUUUAAUUGUAAUGCAUUUCUGUAUAUAAAAUUUGUGUUAACAUAUUUUUGCAUAAGAUUCAUUUUUAAAAAAGUUUUUGUACAAUCAGCAAAAGAAAAUAAAUGGGUCCAUUUCUGUUACAAAGAUUAUUACAAUUAAAAUCAUUUUAUCUUUUCAUCUUUGCCCUUCUUACACCCAUUACUCCUAAGGGACUUUGAGGAGAAUUUGGAGUUUGAUGAUAAUGAUUUUAAUGUCUUUAUUGAGACAAACAGUACCUUUGAAUCUAGUUGAGACUUUUGUUAGUAAAUUGUGUAUUUGUUCACCCUACAAAAAUAAUAACAGAUCAAUCCGUUCAUUAUUCCAGUAGGAUAUUGUUACUUUGCGAUCUGUGACUGCUAAUUGGAAUAAUACUGUAGAAAAUAUCAGCCGGAAAAAGUCUGGAUGCUUCCACACUUAUUUCUUAACCAAUAAAGUAAAAGACAUUUAUUUUAAAAUAAUUCACAAGUGUUACCCUGCAAACCACUACAUAAAACAAUCCAAGAAGGACUUUUCCUCCAGUUGCUCAUUUUUUGACAAUUCUGAUGAAAGUUAAUCUUUUUUGAGCAUUGAUUUACUAAGAUAUUUUGGCAUUUU